UCCAGCUCAUCCUAACCUUUUUCAUCAUUCUGUCUUGGAAUAUUUCUCAUUGGGAAAUGCUCACCAACUAGUGUUUAUAGGCUGCAAUUUGGCUAAUUUUUCAUGAUGAAAAAUAUAAACUGUUUUGCAAAUUCAGGUAUUUUUUCAGAGAGGGAGACUGACCUAUUUGAAGCAGGAUUCACACACAAUAUUGAUUAAUCACAAGAUUUCCAUGUUUUUAGAAAUGAAUAAUCGUGUUUGUCAACGUAAGAAUAUUUGUUGCAUUAAAUCGAAAACACACAGUGGGUGGCAGAACCGGGAUAUAAACCCACCUAUUUCUAUGGCCGCCUCUAAUGAUAGACUACAAAUACCAGCUUCCCUUGCGAUACCAAAGGGUACAAACGUUUGCUUACCAGAAGCUGUAUCUAAAACCCAAUCAGACGUCUCUCUCUGCUUGACGGCCAAUGGGAGGGCUGUUGCUAACAUAUCUGUUUUAUUUUUAGCUUUCAUCCUUGUGGGCGGUCUCAUGGCAUUAGAUGGAACACUGGGGGUGGGGGGGUGGGGGCAGGGCUGCUAAAAGGGAAGGGUGAAGUGAAGAGGGGCAUGUAUGACGCUUGCUGACGCACAAGUAGUCCCAGGAGAAGCCCCCGGGCUGUCCAGCUCGGAUUGUGGGGGAUGGGACACACGCGCUUAGGUUUCCUCCUGCCAUCCUGGCACCGCGGAGUUUGCCCUCCCGCCCGGCAUUUCUCUCCUCCUGUCUAGGAAAGCGUAUUUAAAUCUCUAUACCUCCGUUGAUCUCUGCUCUUGCCUACGUGAUCAAGGAAAAUAAAACGCACACAGUUCGUAACUGGAAACUUUCCGAUCUCACCGCCCCACGUGGGUUCGGAGACUGCCGUUGCACCGGAACCUUCAGGAACGUGAAUAAAGAAUAGGGGUUGGCCAGGCGUGGUGGUGCACGCCUUUAAUCCCAGCACUCGGGAGACAGAGGCAGGCUGAUUUCUGAGUUCGAGGCCAGCCUGGUCUACAAAGUCUGUCCCUACCCUCCCCGGGGUUGGUCUACACCGGUUUAAAAAAAAAAGAAAAAAACGUACAUGGCGAGCUCAGACUGCUUUGGAGUCUUAAGAGAAGAAAUCCGGCGCUAAGGCGCUCAGAAGGAUUCCGAGGGUGAGCAGCCCCGCUGAGGACGUGGCAGGGAGGGGUCUAGAGGAGACAAGGUGAGAAGAUCGCUAUUACACUUCCCGCAGAACCUGGAAUCCCAACCUACGACUGGGCUGCGAGGGGUUAAAGAUGCCAAGGGAGGAAAAGUAGUCCCGGCCCCGCCCCGGCUGGGCGGAGGGACGCAUCACGCAGGGGUGGGGAAAGCAGAUUCAUGCGCAGGGUUGCUGAGGGUGAAACUUUUCAUUGACUUUGCUCACUUCGGGCCCAGGCGCGGGAAGGUGCAGGUCGUUGAGACUGAGUGUCGUGGGAACCGAGAGGCCAGAAGGACAGGACCUGCCAGACGAGUACAUCCAGGGCUGGCCUCCAUCCACCGCGUGACGGGUGCCAUCCUCGGGUCCGCCAUCCCCGCGCCGUCGCCGCCGAGCUCGACCUCCAAAAACAGCGGAAAGAAUCACAUGAGCUCGGUCCUCGUCCCUCUCUACCCUCAAACGACGUAAAAGGACACCGUGGCCCUCAGCCUCGCGGUGCCCGGGAAGCUGGGAGAGAGACCUCCGUCCCGCGGCCUGCAGAGCGGACCCUUCGUGGAGACCCGAGAGCCUCUGGAUCCCAGGAUCCCUCGCCUGUUCCUGCCGCCGCUCUGCUCUUGGGCUGUGCACGUGUCCCGUGUGUGCGUGCGAGAUCUCGGCCUAGAAGAGGGCCAUGCAGCUGGAGAUCAAAGUGGCCCUCAACUUCAUCAUCUCCUACUUAUACAACAAGCUGCCCCGCCGCAGGGCAGACCUGUUUGGGGAGGAGCUAGAGCGGCUUCUGAGAAAGAAAUAUGAGGGCCACUGGUACCCGGAGAAGCCGUUGAAGGGUUCUGGCUUCCGCUGUGUCCACAUUGGGGAAGUGGUAGACCCUGUGGUGGAGCUGGCUGCCAAGCGGAGCGGCCUAGCUGUGGAGGAUGUGCGUGCCAACGUGCCCGAAGAGCUGAGUGUCUGGAUUGACCCUUUCGAGGUAUCCUACCAGAUUGGCGAGAAGGGAGUCGUGAAGGUCCUGUACCUGGGUGACAGUGAGGCGAGUGGUACCCCAGAGCUGGACAAAGAGAUCAAGAGCAGCUUCAACCCUGACGCCCAGGUGUUUGUGCCCAUCGGCAGCCAGGACAGCUCUCUGUCCAGCUCUCCCUCGCCGUCCUUUGGCCAGUCACCCAGCCCCACCUUCAUCCCCCGGUCUGCCCAGCCCAUCACCUUUACUACUGCCUCUUUUGCUGCCACCAAAUUUGGUUCCACUAAGAUGAAGAAGGGUGGUGGGGCAUCUGGCGGUGUGAGUGUGGGUGGCAGCGGGGCGGGUGGCCAGCAGCCGCCGCCACAGCAGCCUCGCAUGGCCCGCUCACCCACAAAGAACCUGCUGAAGCACAAGAGCCUCUCUCUAUCUAUGCAUUCACUGAACCUCAUCCCAGCCAAUCCGGCCCCCCAGUCCCAGCUCUCCCCCAAUGCCAAGGAGUUUGUGUACAACGGUGGUGGCUCACCCAGCCUCUUCUUCGAUGGGGUGGAAGGCCCGAGCACCAGCACCACGGCCCCCUUCGGCAGCGGUGGAGCCAGCACUUGCAACAGCAGCAGCUUUGAUGUGUCCCAGGUGUUCGGAGGCGGUGCUAACAGCCUGUUCUUGGAGAAAUCGCCCUUUGUGGAAGGCCUCAGCUACAACCUGAAUACCAUGCAGUAUCCCAACCAGCCCUUCCAGCCUGUCGUGCUGGCCAACUGACCGUCUUCCCAUCUGCCAGGCCAGGAGCACACACGACCACAGGCAAGUGAAAAGAAAGGCCAAACGCAAGAGGGAAAGAAAACUGUACAGAAAGAUUCCAGUCUUCUCAUUCUCCCAGCUAGGAAAAGGAUUCGCCCAGGCACAGAGUAGGAGGGGCUCCCAAAGCAACAAGUGUUGGACUCAGCCCCUGACUAUUCUGCCUGCCUCUGAUUUCAUUUGGUUGGUUUGGAUUUUGUAAUUAUUUUUUUUACAUGUAGUUUUCUAUAUGACAACUUUAAUUAGUGGUUUCCUGUGCUAAGAGUGGUCCAGAUGUGAAUUGCUGCUCCCCACUCCCUCCCUCCGCCCCUUUGGGAUCAGUGUGUUGAGGCUCACCGGGAAGGAAGAGCUGAAACAGGGAGAGGCUGACACCCCCCCACCCUCCACCCCCGUGUCCACAACCCCCAACCUAGCUGUCUUCUCAGGGCCUGCCACCCAAAUAAGUCUGGCCCUAGCCUCAACUCUCUCUCAGGCUGGGCCACAGGAAGCUGCUGACUGGCCACUUGACACCCUCCCCCUAAAGCUAAUGUCUGUGACUAUAGGGAGGUUAGCACUUUUUCUAAUUGGAAUUCUUCUCUGUCCUGUGGCCCCAUCCCUCACCCGCUCUUGGCCUGGACCAGAUACAUGCAGCCUCUUUCUCCAGCACAGCCUUUCCCUGAGCCUGAGGUUAGGGCAGAGUUUAGAGGGUGGGCUAAGUGUAUGUUUUCAUGUAUGCAUUCAUGCCUGUGAGUGUGUGGCUUGCUGUCGUGUCCUCUGGGAUCCCAAGCCACGCGGGUCUUCCCUCUGUAGAUGGGUCCUGGGUUCUAUCACCUGCUUAUUUAUGUACGAGGUUGGGGGGUGGACCCAGGGUGGGUUGAUUGUCUCUUUGUAAGGAAGUAUGUGUCGGGGGUGACACGAGGCUAAGCCCGAGAAACCCCGGGGGACAGCACUGCAUAAGAAACUGGUUUCCCAGACUGCAGAGGGAGCUGCACUUUUGUUUUGACCAAAAACAAAAAACAAAACAAAACAAAAACAAAACAAAAAUAACUCUGAAGGGCGGGAGGAUACCCAAGCCUGAUGCCUGAGAGGAGUCCCUAGACUUCAGCAACUCCGCUGCGUGGCCUGAGCCCAGCGGGAGGGAUGGGGAGAGAAUUUUUUGGAGUCCGUGCCUGUGGUGGGCAGUCCUGAGCCUUCAGCUGAAGCAGUGCUUUUUGGCUGCCCUCACCUCGCACUACUUGACCUUGAGGCUCUGAGUAUCUCCUGUGCACAGGAGAAGCUCCUGCACCAGAAAGCACCAAAGCCCCUGGCACCCCAUCUUACUCCACUCUCCCCAGGGACUCCCAGGUGGGAACUGCUGUGGCAGUGAGCUCAGCCCGGACAGACACUGCCAACCCUGUCUCCUGGCAUUGGGCUCCGGCUCUACCUCCCCAAGCAGGGCGAGGCCCCGCCUUCUCAGCCUAGCACCACCUGUCCCCGAGUCUUCUCCAGCUUGCCCAUCAUUCUCGGCGCCCACACAGGUGACAGUCCCAAGUAGAUAACCUCCAUGGGACAAGUUGGGUGUUGCCUUACCCGCCUGCCCAGCCCCUCCUCCCACAGGAACACAGGUACCACCUGCACCCACGACAGCUUCUUUUCUCACACAUGGGGAGACUGGAGCCGAGCCCCUUGUGUCUUUUGAAAUAGGAAGAAAAAUGAGUGUUCAGGAACAUGACUCCUGGACUGGGCUCUUGGGCCCAGUUCAGUGUCUCAUCGCAAAUCUAGGCAUUUUUGCUUCUAUUUUAUUUAAUUUUUUUUUUUAAGGAAAAAAAAAAAAAACAAAACAAGAAAACUGCACUAAUUUACCUGGUUUCGUAGAAGAACUUUUUUUUAUUUUUUACAUUUUUUGGUGUCCGUUUGUAUUGAAUAAUUUGCUACAUUUGUAAAAUGUAAGAGGUAUAUAUAUAAUAUAUGUAUAUUUCUAAUGUAAGAAACGUAAUUUUUUUCUUUUCAAGAUUUUUUCUUAAAAAGAGGAGAGAAACCAAUAUUUUUUCAGGAAAAACAAACUUUAAAAAAUAGGAACAUAAAACCACCUCCACCCCUCGCCCCAUCCUCUCUAUCCCUCUCACCCAGGAGCAAAACAGAAGGUGGAUAAGAUUGUCAAGAAUGUCAGCUGUCAGUCACGCUGUCUCUGUCUUGAUGCUGUAGUCUCUAGAGCUCCCCCUAGAGAUGGGAGCAGGCACUGAAGCAGCCAUAGAGAGGAGCCCGGGAGCGGGGCGACCUUUUUUUCUCUAGCGAAGGAAGAAUGCAAUCAAGACGUUUUGUAUUCAGAACAUUGUGCAAUAUUUUGGAAUGAGACAUUGGUGUGUUUAGAGAUUUAGUUUCAAAACAAAGAUUGAUCAAAUCUGUACAGUUUAUAUUGUUCCAGAUUUUUUUAAGUUUGUAUUAAAAGCAUGAUAUAUAAUAG